GCCUCCGGCUGUGAUUAGAGGCUGGCCCAACUGCAGGCAGUAAACAACUGCGACUUGAGCGUUUCGGUAGCGAGGCACAAAUAAGUCUGUCCGAGGGCCGCCAUGUCGCCACUUCUGCGCUCACUGUGCCUCCAGUCGGUGCUCCUGGUCCUGUUCCUCUGCGUGCUGCAGGCCCUGGAGCUACAACUCCAUGAGCAGCAGCUCCAGCAGCAAAGGGACGAGCAGCUGCGCCUGCGCGAGGAGCAGCGCCAGCGCGACCUCCAGCGGGAGCACGAGGCCCACCAGCGGCGCCUCUCCUCCUCGACCACCAGUCGCAAGCCCUAUGUGAUCCCCAACGGACUAUCGCUGCCCCGGCGGGGCGAACAUCCGGACAAGUGCCACCGGGAAGUGCCGGCCGUAUUCUUCCAGUACGACAAAGAGGUGAAGAUCGUGGGCAACAGCACCAACAAUCGCUACUUCAACGUGAUCGAGGUGUGCUGCAAGGGCUGGCGGCGCUACGAGUACGAUUGGAGCCAGUGCGUCCCCGACUGCGGGGAGAGGUGCCAGGAGAACGGCUUCUGUUUGGCGGGAGGGAUCUGCCAGUGCUUCGAGGACUUUGUGCUCAACUACCGCAACAACUGUGUGCCCACUUGUCCGCUGGGCUGUCCCCAUGGUCGGUGCUACCUGAAUGGCACCUGCAAGUGCGACCGGGGGUAUGAACUCGAUGGAUCGCGGAGGUUCUGCCAGCCGCAGUGCAAUGCCACCUGUGGCCACAACGAGGUCUGCCUGGAGCCAGGCAAGUGCUCCUGCGCCGAGGGAUAUGCCCGAGGAUUGAGGGAAUCUGCGGCCCUCGGUUGCCAGCCCAUCUGCAUUCCGGACUGCGGCUAUGGCCACUGCGUCGGACCCAACGAGUGCCGGUGCUUCCCCGGAUAUCAGAAACGAGAAAACAGCAGCUCCUGCGAAAGUCCCUGCUAUAUGCGAUGUGAGAACGGCUUCUGUGCGAACUACACGACGUGUGUGUGUCAGAACGGGUAUCGCUACGACGUGAACACCAGCAGCUGCCUUCCGGAUUGCGGGGACACCUGCGCGAACGGAGUGUGCAUCUCGCCGGGCAACUGCCGCUGCUUCAAGGGCUACGUCCGGAAUCGGGAGCGUUGCGAGGCGGUCUGCACCGGUGGCUGUGGCUUCUACGGCAAGUGCAUUGCACCGAAUGUGUGCGGAUGUGCCGUCGUCCCUGGUCCGGAUCAGACCUAUCAGCGGUGCGAGUACGGGCUGUGCAACGCCAUGGGCAGAUGCCGCUGCCAGGUGGGCAAGACGCGUUUCAUAGACAGGUGCAUGUCGCCGGACACGGUCACCACAUACGCCUCGUUGAACACCAUGCGGGUGAACAGCUCGCUCAUCCAGGAAUUCAAUCUGCUGCUCGGCAGGCACUUCAACUUGACCACUCACAGCGAAAUGUGGUGGUUUUAAGAUAAGCCCUACAGUGUUCUCCCACUAAAGCACACUUACUAUUUCAGAGUCACAAAGAAAUCACAAAUAAAUACUCAUACAUUUCUCAA